AUGUUUUUUACGCGAUCUUCAAUAUUUCUCUGCUUCACCGCUUCGUCGUAUGCCGUUCCGGCGGUCCCUGGAGACUUGGGUUUGUUGAACCUCGACAGACAUCUGCGCGCAGGUGCCAUCCAAAUUGAUCAUGUUGAACCGCAAAGGAUUGAACCCGAAAGUAUUGUAACAUAUCGUUGGGACGGUGAAAACCCAGAUUCGUAUCGUGUGAUCCUAACGGCACUUGUCUUACUAUACUACCUCUCGAAUGCAGACGUCUUUUUGCCUCUUGCUACUUCACUACUGGAUAAGAUCCGAUCACAAACUGUUCAUCGCGUGCAUACGGCCGAGGAUCAUGAGAAGUAUUCAACUCCAGAGGAUCUUCUCUCCCUACUUGUACAAUUUGCGAAACCGCCGGCGAAGAGCGAGGCGAACAAAGCAGCAAAGAGCGAGGUGAACAAAGCGGCAAAGAGCCAGGAACGCAAACCGUGGACACUUAGUAAUGACAGACAACCUUUGCGCCAAGCAAAAGACGUACAGCUUGCCAACAAUGCACAGAGACUCCCCAUCGAACUCCAACUAGGGAUUCUCAAACAGGUUCCGCAUAUUGAAUCUUUGAGCAAAUUGUUCAUGACCUUGAAACCUACUGAUCAAUUACGCGAAAUGGUUUGGCAAGAGAUUCAACUUUUAACUUAUUUUAGUCAAGUGGACCGAGAAGUGUUUCGAAAUUUAUAUCGUGAUCCUAGAAAUGAUGACUUCCUACAUGCUGUUGUAAAAUCUCAUACCUAUGAUUGUCAGGAAGCUAGAAGUAGAGCUUGGUUUGGUGGUAUGACAAUCGUACCUAUCUCACUAUCUGAUGAACUAGCAAAAAGGAUUGUUCCUACAAAACUUUCGUGGUUAGCCGAUUAUUAUCAAGACUAUGAUCGACUUCUCAAUGAGGGCCACGGCGAAUUAAAGGAAAGACUAGAUCGAUUUUUCUUCAUCAAUGUAAUGUCCAACUCAGCAAAUACUCCAAGGACUCUAGCCUCCAGACUCACUACGCUGCCCACAGGAUGGUGGUUAGAUUCAUCGUCAGAUCUGAUGAAAGGGGAAGUGCGCCAAUUAGUAGAAGAACUCAUCAAAAGUGUAGAUGUAGAUUAUGACAAGGUAGUCACAGGACUCAAUCGCCAAAAAGAACUUUAUACAAAUCAAGACUUGCCGGGAUAUCAGCGUCUUUCUCCUGAAUUGAGUCCAGCUUUCAAAUUGGAUGGUGGUGUAUCGAGCAUCUUUGCUAGGUUCCAAGCUGCGCAACAUUUAUGCAAGUAUUUGAAAACCGAUUUUGAUCGAAUCUUUGAAACUUCAAGUCACGAACCUACAAGAGUUUAUGAUUGGUUGAGAGCUUUAUCUACCUAUUGGUUAAGACAAUAUGAUAUGGAAAUUGUAGCUCAUCCUCGAAGAUUUAUUCAUUUAACAAAUUGA